AAUCUACAGUCGGAUUUACAGUGCAUCAGCGCCCGGGCCUAUCCGACGCACAGUUCAGUGAACGCUGAUUCUAUCUGGGAUAUUUGCGAAGUUCCCUCGGCAUGGGACUUGCAUCUUGAUGAGGGAUCAAGCCACCUUGCGGGUGUUGUUCACGAUGCAGGAUGCGGAUUCACAGGAAUGGAAAACGCUAUUACGGUGCCGCUGCAUUCAGACCAAUACGCCAUGUUCUCAAGUCCUAAUUGGUUUGCCGAAAACGCCGGUGGUGCUUCCAUCCCGGUCACACAGAGGGAGACUGUGGCCAGAUGGCAGUGCGAUAACGUUGACGAUUCAGCGGUCGUCUUGGUUACCAACACCAGCUCCGUUUCCCAUGUACCCAGCGUCGGCAAGCCUGAUGAUGGCAAUGCCAGACACCGAGUCGUGCGAAAACGGAUUCGACAUUCAGCCAGUGAAUGGAAGGAAAUGGAUUCGCAUCUACGCCGGCUCUAUCUCAUUCACGGGCACACCGCAGAAGAGGUAGCAUUCGAAAUGUUUGCGAUCCACGACUUUGAAGCCUCUGUAGGAACAUAUCAGAAAAGACUUGCGAGCCUGGGAAAAGACAAACGCCUUCGAACAGCAAGAGCGCUUCCCGACGACCCAAGCCUGGACACAAAGACAGAGACCCCCAAGUUGUUCGAAAUCGUGGCCGAACGAGUUCGGAGAACGAGGGCGGAAGAACAGCGCAGCGAGAGAAACAGGCGGAAGGAAGAAAGAAACAGACGGAGGCAGUUGCAGGUCGAGAGGGGCAACAAAAAGGGGCGCAAGAAGAGAAAGGCGAAACCAGCUGCAGGCAUCAGCCAAGGCGCGAUUGGACCUUUCCUUCACACAAUCUACAUCCACCAGGAGGAGCUCUUCCACGCCAUCGAUGCGUUUUGUAAGGUGCUCUUUGCGGCAGGCAACAAGAGUUGGGCCGCCGACGCUCGCCACUUCAGACCGCCUCCGAACACUCCUGAUUCCAGCCGAGCCUGGCAGCUUCUAUCCGACCAAGUUGCGGGAGUGCAGAUGCUUGUCGAAGGGCAGCUGUACCACCACGCAAACUAUAUGCUUCGCCAAGUGCUGGCAGGACUGAGACUCGCGGCUCGAGUGCCGGACCCAAGCUUCCUCCUGCAUUUUUGGACAAUGUGCGACGUGUUUUCGAAUAUCCCAAUCCGCACAAAGGGAAAAGGCCAAGCACUCCCGUGGCUAGGGUGGUUUCUCCGACACCUGAAGCAGAUCCUGGCGUCCGAAUUUGGCAGGCGGCCAUUGACGGUCAUCGUGGAUUCGCUACUCCGCGUCUGGGCUUCGUCGCCGCGCGACCUGAAGGCGACAUUGGGACUGGGUCAUUGGAAAGCCACCCAUACCAUGGGAGACUUGAUUGGGAAUACGCACAACAUCGUCCUGAACAUGGGCAUUUGCUGUUCAAAGACCUGGAAGAGCAAGUUCUCGGCCUCCAGCACCACGGUGAAGCUGCUGCAUCGGCCGCUUCUUGUGGCUGUCGAAUCACCGAACCACGAACCGGAGCAUCUGGCUGAGGCCUCUCUGAACUACUUACGGGCGGUGACGAGAGACCCAUGUAACGAGCCAGAGGUCAUCUCCGAGGCGAGCCGACUCCUGAGCUGGACCACGGACAUGUGUCGGGAGAAGGCACGUCGGCAGGCCUUGCAGUACGACUCGGUGACGCGAGCCUUCGUCGCCGCGACCGAGCUGGUCGCCAGACACUAUCUCGAGACCCGAAUACCGCGACCUGACCCUGAGUGCGGGUACAAGUACAUGGGCGAGGCGGUGGAGAUCCUGCGGUGUGGGGACUUGCAGUGUCGCAUUCGGGCCGCAUCUUUCUCAAAGCGCCUGCAGACUUGGAUCAAGGGGCAUCGGCGCAAAAAGGGGGAGAGAUCAAAAAGGGAGGCCAUGGAGGAAGAAAAGAUGAGGGUAGCCCAGGAGAGGGUCCGGACGAGGGAGAUCAUUCGCGACAUCACGAAAGAACGGAUCAAGGGGUCUCGCCGGGGGAAAUGGGUGCGAAGGGCACGGGUGAAACGGGCACUGAAAGAAGGACGGCCCUUGGAGAAGAACCUUCUCCUGGCUUCUCUUGAACAGACGUCGUAAUCGACCCCGGCCGCAGCGACGCUUGAGAAUACACUGGCCCCGACACCCUUUCCAGACUGGAUCUCACCAGAGACCUCAAUGCAUGAUUGUUAAGCACGUCUUCUCCCCAUGGAUUGCUAGUUGCGGUGAUGGGUUUCAAAUUUG